AUGGCCGACACUCCCGUCACUCUGCGGACUCGCAAGUUCAUCCGCAACCCUCUGCUUGCUCGCAAGCAGAUGGUCGUGGACGUCCUCCACCCCAACCGCCCCAACGUCUCCAAGGACGAGCUCCGCGAGAAGCUGGCCGAUCUGUACAAGUCCAACAAGGACCAGGUCUCCGUCUUCGGUUUCCGCACACAGUACGGUGGCGGUAAGAGCACUGGCUUCGCUCUCGUCUACGACUCCCAGGAGGCCCUGAAGAAGUUCGAGCCUCACUACCGUCUCGUCCGCAUCGGUGUCGCCUCCAAGAUCGAGAAGGCUUCCCGCCAGCAGCGCAAGCAACGGAAGAACCGCUCCAAGAAGUUCCGCGGUGUCGCCAAGGUCAAGGGCCCCAAGAAGAACAAGGAUUAA